GUGCAUCAACGCACGACUCGGGCGUAUUCAGCUUUUCACAAUCCUCUUCGAUGAGCAAGGACAAGUCGGAGAAGAAGGACAAGAAGAGGAAGAGCGAUGACGUCGAGGACGGAGAUGUAACGAUGGAGCAGCCAGCUUCUCCGAAAAAAGCCAAGAAGGAGAAGGAAGAGAUUGUGAUCCCUCCCGAAGACCUCUCUCCUCUUGCCCAUCCGCUUGCGCAGAAAAAACUACUGAAGAAGCUGCACAAAACCAUCAAAAAAGCGUCCAAGGCGCGACAGGUGAAGAGAGGAGUCAAGGAGGUAGUAAAGGGGAUCCGCAAGGGAGAGAAAGGAUUGCUCGUUCUCGCUGCGGAUAUAAAUCCCAUCGACAUCAUUUCACAUCUCCCUGUCCUCAGCGAAGAGGCCCAGAUACCUUAUAUCUUCGUCUCUUCCAAGGAGGAGCUGGGAAACGCCAGCUCGACGAAACGACCGACCAGUUGUGUGAUGAUAUGUCCCGACCAGAAAAAGAGGGGGAAAGCAAAAGAGGGAGAGACAGAGAAGGACGACGAUUACCGAGAACUGUACGAGGAGGUCUACAAAGAAGUAGAGACGUUAGAUACCGCCAUAGCUUUCUAGGCUACAAUGACUUUUUGGGGGCUACCAUGCCAUCUCACAUGAAGGAAAUAUCUCAGCAACUGUUCCUGAUUUCCCAUCAUCAGCAGUCUUUUCCUUUCCGCAUCUCGCGAGCACUACUAUACCCUCCUCUUCGCAUUCUCUUGCAUAAACUAUGGCCCCCAACCCAAAAUCGGCCCCCGCGAACGGCGUAGCUGCCCAAGGAAAGGCCCCCUCCACAAACGGGACCACUACGCCUGCUGAGAAAAAGGACACGUCGGAGCACGUUGGUCGGCCGGACAAGAAGGAGUUCGACGCCGAACAGGACAAAAUCAAGUCCGACAUUGACGCCCUCCAAGUGAAGCUGACUGCUGUGCGAGACAAAAUCUCUCUGGUCACCAAGUCCGGCUCUGGCAAUGACCGUCGGUCUGUUCUGCGUGCAGAACUCGACAGCAUUCGCGGUCAGCAAUCGACUAACAAAACGUCGCGCGCCAAAAUAUUCGACCAGGUCAAAACUCUCAACGACGGGAUCCAGAAAAAGGUCAAAGAUCUCCAAGCUGCCAAAGCCAAGACACCAUUCAAGACCGUCGCUGAGGUCGAGGCUCAUAUUAAACAGCUUGAACGCCAAGUCGAGAGCGGUAGUAUGAAACUUGCCGAGGAAAAACGAGCCCUCGCCGAGAUCACUGUGCAGAAGCGCAACCGGCGCAACGUGGAGGCAUUCCAGACCGAGCAAGAAGCCAUCGACAAGGACCGGGCCACCCUUGAUGAAUUGCGCAAGCAGCUCGAUGACCCUGUUGCCAAGGCUGCAUCCGAGCGUUAUGACGCGAUCAAAGCCGAACUCGAUGAGCUGAAGAAAGAGGGUGACGAGCUGUAUGCUGGUCGGGCCAAGCUUUUCGAGGAGCGAGACAAGCUGCAGGCGGAAAUCAACACCCUCUGGGACGAGAAACGGGAGUCGUCCGCGCGUUUCCGUGAGCGUAACGACCACUACUGGACCAAGGUCAACGAGGACAGGGCCAGGAGGGCCGAGCGGGCACGGGCCCAGCGUGCUGCCGAGGAGCUUGCCAAGAAGCAGGAACGGGCCGAGAGGAUCCGCGAGGAGGCCGAGCACCCUGCUUUCCAGGCUGAGAUCGAGGACUGCCAAACCCUGAUUGAUUUCUUCUCGGGCAAAACCACUGGCGCAGUGGUGCUUAAAACCGCUCCGCCGCUUGUUGCGAAGACGGACGUUGCCGGUGUGCCGAAAUUGGAACUCCGUAAAGUCGAAGCCGCCACCGACGGUCUUGUUGUGCGGAAGAAGAAGGGUGAGGAGGAGCAGUCCUAUUUUGUCGCCAAAGGCAAGGGCAAAGGCAAGAAGGCUCCGGCCAAGGAAGUAGAGACGCCUGCUUCGUCAUCAAGCGCGCUGAACAUCCCGCUUGCGACACUGUCUGCUCUGCUGUCGCUGUCAAUCCCGGCGCCUGCGUCCAACGUUGAUCUUCCCCGCGUAAUUGAGGACUUGAAGACCAAGAAGGAGUGGUUCGCAGCGAACCAGAGCCGGGUCACCGCCGAGAACAUCGCCAAAGCAGAGAAGGAGAUCAAGAGUCUCGCUGCGAAGGAGGCUUCGGCAGAGGAGGACAAGGCGAAUGGCGAUGCAUCUCCAGCGACGCCUGAAGUGUCGAGCGAGCAGGUCGCUGACGCGGUCGAGUCUUGA